AUGGACACCCGGCCCGCCUCCGAGUACGCACAGCCAGGUUCGCACCACCCAGCACCGUCCAUCCACCACGACACCCGUUCUGAACAACCCGCCGCAGACCAGACGGCUGCUGCCAGUGCUCACUAUUCUCACACCCCGCAACCUGAAGUGCGCCCUAAUCCUCAGUACACGCCGCAGCCUGAGGUUCGCCCCGCUAUCUCGGCCUCCAAUACUCCCCAGCCUGGAGAGUACGGUCUGAACCCUCCGCCUUCCCGCUCCCCGGCCUACCAGGACUACAUCUCGCGACCCCCCUCCUACGCCCCGAACUCCCAGCCUGGUGGCGCACCCAGUAUGGCUCAAGCAACAAGUCCGUUCCCGCUCAAUUCCAUGCCCACUCCUCCGUCCUCCGCUCUCCCGCAUGGCGGCCCUGCUUCCCCCUCUGAUCCCCUUCCUGCGCCCAUCAAGUCUGACCCGGCUCCCCAGGGACACGAUAUGGCGCAGUACCAGGGCCACCCGCCUCCCCCACACCAGAUGUAUGCGCGUCCAGACUGGCCGCAUAGCUAUGGCCAGCAACAUCAUGGCCUGCCAGGCCCUUAUGCCUCCCCGGCUGCUACUACGGUUGGUUCUGCCUCCCCUGCUGCAACCGCAGGGCCGCGCCCUGGUCAGGUCUAUUCUUUCGUUCCGAUCCCUGGUGCCCAGCAGCACAAGCGCCCCCGCCGUCGCUAUGAGGAAAUUGAGCGCAUGUACAAGUGCGGAUGGCAGGGUUGUGAGAAGGCAUAUGGUACUCUGAACCAUCUGAAUGCACAUGUGACAAUGCAGUCACACGGUGCGAAACGUACUCCGGAAGAAUUCAAGGAAAUCCGUAAAGAAUGGAAAGCCCGUAAGAAGGAAGAGGAGGCUCAGCGCAAGGCUGUCGAGGAGCGUGAGCGCGCUGCGGCCCAGGCGGCCCAGGCUAACCAGCUGCCACCCAUCGGCUAUCAGCCUGCCGACGGCCAGGUGCCGGGCCAGUAUGGCGCCCCCGGUGGUGGCAUGGUCUACCAAAGCAACGGACAGAUGGGUUAUCCUCCCAAUUACCCUCACUCUCCUUACCAGAGCGGUCCUGUGUACCAGCAACGUGAGUAA